ACUAGGAUCACUUAAUAGAUUUAGUUUAUGUAUACUAUACAGUGUCCCAUUUCACUCUUUAAUGAUAUAUAUAUUGGCCUUUGCAGCGAAUAACGCACUUUGAUGUGUGGAAUCUCUUGACACUGUAUCAUGGGGUCGUUUUAGGAACAGCAGAAUUGUAAAACACUUGUUUUAGAGUAAAUAUUAAAGAUUAAGAUAUAUUAAUAAAAAUGUACUUUGUUCAGUUAUUUUACUCAUCCCGAUUACUAGCACUCCAAAUUGUCAACAUUUUGCAGUAUUGGUUCUUCAAUUAUGAUAACAACUAAAAGCCUUAAUGAAGUGUAUUUUGAUUCAUUUACAUCCACGAAUCAUUAUAUUAGCAAAUACAUUAUAGUAAAGAAGGCGAUUUUGGUAGACCUAUACAUAGCAUAGCAGACAAAUGGAGAGGCAUAUGUUGAUGAUAGUAUUACAGCUAUGUUGGCUGUGCAUGGGUUGUUUAGGCGUAAAUAACCAUGCAAAGGUUGGCUUUCACACACUGAUGACUGAAUUUACAAAUGCAUCUGUCACAAGGGUUAGUGGAGAAUUUCCAAAAUGGAUAAAGGGCCGAUUCAUACGUCAGGUUGGGGGUUCAUUUGGUAACCUUGACAGUCAUAAUCCAAUGGAGAGGAUAGAGCAUUGGUUCGACGGUGUCGGAGGAGCUGGAAUGUAUCAUAUUACGGAUGGCGAAGUCAAGUUCACAAACAAGUUUUACGAUACGAGAGGAUACAACAUUUGGAAAAGUUUUGACAAUGAUUGGGCGAGGUCCCAAGUUAGUUGGGUCACCAUCUUUUCACCUUAUAAUUAUACUAGAAUGAUCGAGAACCUGAGAUUGUUUCCCGAUAAGCGAGAUUCCAAUCCAUCUGUCAACUUCUGGAAACUUGAAGAGGAGAUCUUGGCAGUAACAGAAAAUCAUCAACCUAUGCUACUAAAUAAAGACACUAUGGAGAGCAGGGGACUGUAUCCAUAUAAGGAUAGACCACAUUUUGGACUGCCCGAGGGGACUAUAUUAGUCAAUCAACCUGCACAUGAUCGAAUCGACAUGGUAACGGGGGAGCAGUGGAUGAUAACAGGUGCCAUUGUACCAUUAACUCCAGCCGGGAGGAGAGGUCUGUUGACGUCAAAGCUUAUUUUAUACCAAGUUAUAAACGAGACGAGAAUUCCCAAGGGAGAAAUUGUUAUGGGGAAUAUAUCACUAGGAGAAUGUAACGGAGCUCCAUAUCCAGAUACUACAAAACUGAUGCCUUAUCUCCAUUCAUUUACAAUGACAAAGAAUUACAUCAUAAUCCCUGGCACAUCAAUGAUGUUGGACUACUGUGAUGCUUUUAUUUAUUCCGCGCCAGGUGAUCCGACAUUUAAAAGGCUUUGGAAAUUUAGGAGUGAAAUUAAAAGUAAAGUUUAUGUAGUGAGAAAAUCCAACAUGGAGGUCGCUGCUGCAAUGGAAAUAGAUCCGAUGUUUGUGACUCAUUAGGUAAGACAGUGCAAAUGUUUGUUACUCACCAGUCGCUACAAUACCUUUACAUGAAACACCUACAUUGGCACAAUUAAGUUCCAGUUGAAUGCUUACGAAAAAGAUGGAAAGAUAACGGCUGACAUGUUGGUUUACGACAAUGAAAGAGUGUACUAUGAUCUGAAAGUCCAAGACAUGUUCAAUGGAACAAAUUUUGUAACAGAUGUCGCAAGAUUUGUCAUUGAUACAAGCAACUGGAGUAUUACAAAGCAACAUUUGACAACGGAUUAUCCUGUCAAUGCGGAGUUCAGUCAGGUUAAUAAUGCAUUCCAUGGAAAGGAGUACAAAUAUGCUUAC